GCUGUGUCCUGGGACUCUUCCUCACUCUCCUCUCCCUCACUUGCUUUACUUGGGGCGAGGGAUUUUCGUGACCGCAGCACCAUCGGCAUCUUUGUUAGUAAUGCAACACCUUCGUGACAAGGGAUUAACGGUAAUGAGUCUGUGGAAGAGAGCCCACUUUAUCCACUAGUAAAUAUAAAGGUAUUGUAAAUAAUAGUUGAAUAGGACACCUACUAGUGCUAAUUUAUCACCUUUAUCAGUGACUUAUAAUCACUCUUACCUUUUAAUUAGAUAUUAAUGCGCCGUGCUUCUUGAGACAAGUAAACAACGACUUAAAGAAACCGCGAUUUCCUGUCACCGCUGAUUGGCGGUUGGGAGUUGGAUUCAAAGCACUGGCUCCUCCCGUGUGACGUCACGCAGAGCACACAACACGGAAGCGAGGGAUUACAGUCAUCCGCCGCUGACCCUGCUCCCGUCAAAAAGGCCUUGCUGACCUCUGGUGAUCUUCUUCCAGGUCUCCCAUGUGAUCCGAUGUGUUUGACAGGGGAAGCUUUGACACUUUUUCUGUGACGAUGAUGAACACUUAGUCAGUCCACACAGUACUCCAAUGGAAGCUCUAGUCACAGCUUCGCCGCCUCCUAACUCUUCCAUCCAGCCCGUCCCGAUCCCCCUGAGCCCGGCCGUCGCCCAGUCGGUGCAGCUGGGCUUCACCAUCCUCUACACCUCUCUGUACGCCGGACUCUUCCUGGUGGUGUACGCCCAGCUCUGGCUCCUCUACAUCUACAGACACAAGAGAUGGAGCUACCAGAGCGUCUUCCUCUUCAUCUGCCUGCUUUGGGCUGCCCUCCGCACCACCCUCUUCUCCUUCUACUUCUCUAAUGCUCUGGAGGCCAACCACCUGCCCGUGGCGGCGUACUGGCUGCUCUACUGCUUCCCCGUCUGUCUGCAGUUCUUCACUUUCAGCCUCAUCAACCUGUAUUUCACUCAGGUGUUACUCAAAGUGAGGGAGAAUUACAGCUCAGAUGUGGACAGAGGAGUAUGGCUGGCGCGCUGCAUGUACGGUGCAAUGAGCGCCCUCUUCCUCAGCGUGAACGUGGUCUGCGCGGCUCUCAGGGACGGAGCUGAUGCAGAGUCCGGGGAGCGGACCUGGAAUCUGGUCCUGGUUCGAGUCCUGAUCAACGACUCGCUCUUCCUCCUGGACGCGGUGUUGCUGGCCGCCCUGCUGAUAGUCCUGGCCCGGCACUCGCACUCCACAAGCGCCUACCUGAUCAGCAAGGGUACCACGGUGUGUCGUACCGCUGCACUGGGAGCAGCAGUCAUCUUAUUGUUCGCCAGUCGAGGCUGCUACAACCUGACGGUGCUCAUCCUGUUUCAGAGCCACCGGGUGGAGUCCUUCAACUUCGACUGGUACAACGUCUCCGACCAGGUGACCGACUCAAAGUCUGACGCAGAGCUGACUUGCGCAGUGAGCUGGGCGACGCAGGCUACCUGGCCUUCGGUGCCAUCCUCUUCAUCUGGGAGCUGCUCCCCACCGGCCUCCUCAUCCUCAUCUUCCGAGUGCGCCGGCCCGCUCAAGAGAGCAAUAGCAUGGCCGUCAACAACAGGGUCCUACCUCGACCGUAUUUCUUUGAUGACCCUCAGGGUAGCGAUGAGGAUGCACCUAUGCCAUGGGCACGCGCCUCCCAUCCAAACUCAAGCUGGUACGGAUCAGAGAGUGCUCCUCUCCUGUUCGCCAGCAAACCUCGAGACCAGAGCCACCAGCACCAUUCCUUCUACUCCACCCCCCAGAACUGACCUCCAGAACUGACCCGGACUCCUCCCCACCAUCAGGGUCAGCGAGUCCUCCAGCUCAGGCUGCACACAGCCAGCAGCCCCUCCCUCUGUGGACCCUUCUUGCACUGAGAUCCUCAGGAACUCAUCAGACAAACAGAGAAAAAGCACCUUGUAGAUUUUGAUCAGAGCAUAUAUUGACAUUCGGCUCAAAGGGAACACGUUAGGUGAGCCAUGACCGACAGAUAUGGUGCUCAGUGAUCUCCUUCUAAAGGGUAAAGUGUGGUUUACAGUGUGUUCGCUUAUAUAUGACAAACCUUGUUCUAUCGUUGAUGUAACUAGCUCUUACAUUCCCGACAAAUUGCACAUUUAGCUUCGAUAGCAUUCCUUGACAUUAAUGCACAUAAAGUAAUUCAUAAGCUUGGCGACAACCACUGACCAAAUGUAUUUGCAGAGAAUGUACUGAAAUGUAAAGUAUAAAUGUCUUUUGACCAUUUUUCAUUAUAAUUCCACAUCAGCAGGUCGACUCUUACACAUUCCUCUUUUCUGCUAUUUAGUUUUUUUUUAAUGUAAAUUUAGCAUUACUGUUCAUUUUUAAAGUUAAUUUGGAUUUUUAUUCCUUCCCUGUAUAAUUGUAUAUUAGUUUGAAAGUUUAACUUAUUUUAUAUCUGCAGUACAAUCAAAUGUUUCAAUCCUUUGUUUACUGGAAAGAGGCUCCCUAAUAGCGAGUCAUGUAAAUACCGCUGAUAUUUACUGUGUAAACAACCGACCAAUAAAGAUCUUUAAAGAG